CGCCUUCUUAGGCUGUGCGACUUCUGUUUUUAUCUUUCUUCGAAAGAAAAUCCUGAUAUUAAAAUCAGUAAAAAAAAAGGCUAAAUUUCUAGAUGCAUUUUCUCAACAAUCACGCUCAGGCGAGCUUCACUGAACACACACAGAGGUAGAAUAAUUUUGGUUUCACUCCAUGGAUUCAUCACCUCAAUCUGCUAGUAAUACCACCACAACCACCGCCGCCGCCACCACUGCCAUUGUUGCCGCUGCUACUUUUUCCGAUUCCUCUCCUGUUCAAGAAUCUCCUUUUUCCAAUUACAUAAGCAAUCUAUCUCCUAUAAAACCUGUGAAAGCCGCACAUGUGGCUCAAGGAUUCUUAGGAGUCAGUUCUCCUCCUCUUGUAUUCACAUCGCCACGUAUCAUACCGCACCGUGAAACAAGUUUCUUUCAGAGGUCGCAACUAGCACAAGUACCCAGUGCAGAAACACCUGAGAAUGAUGGUGGAAGAAAUAACUUAGCUGGUCUUUCAGAUGACAUAGGGAAGUCAGUUAACUAUUCCACCAAGUCGAUCACCGACUCCCAUCAAGAAAAUGCUGGUGAAAAUUCUGCACGAGACCAACCUGGCAGUUCCUCAGGGUGUGUCGACGAAUACCUAUAUGAUCCAGUGGAUGUGGACUGUGCAAGCUCUGUAAAUUUGGUCAACCCAAAUGCUAAACAAUCUAAUGAUGUGCUUCAAUCAUCAGCCUUAUCUGAGCACGCUGAACAGGAUCAAGGGCAUUCCAUGUUUGAAAUAAAGCCAGCACAAGUGGAAAAGGAGCAAAGCAGUAACAAACAGUCACCUAUAAAAUGUCCGAAGGAUGAGUCUGGCAUGACCAUGGGCCAUUUUCCAGAGAAAAAGCAAUGUGAUGUUUUAGAGUCUCAGGUUGUUCGGGCACAAGAAGACUACAAUGAGAAUGUGGGAGCUUCCUUACAGGGAGCACUAGACAACAUAGUACAGCGGGAACCAGAGGCCAGUCACCUCCAACGUGGCUUGAGCAGGCGCUGUCUUCAAUUUGGAGAAACUCGAUGGAAAACUGUUGUCAACAGCACCUGCUCUCCAAAUCUAAUGAACAAUGUAACUAGUUCAAGAUCACCUGCUUCUGCUAUGGAAUUGGAGAGCCUAGAUGGAUCUCUCGUGGACUUAAGCGACUCUUCUAGCAAGAAGCAAACAGUUAAUCUCUCCCGAUCAGCAACUUCCAUGUUUCCUCCUCGCGGUAAUGAAAAGUUGCCCAUAACUGUGUCCAAGCCAUCAGGUAUUGGCUUGCAUCUAAAUAGCAUUGUCAACACCUCAGCAGUGGGUCACACUACAGCUACAAACAUAGAAUCCAGUAAUUGCUCAGAAUCAUCAAACUUAGUUGAGAAGAUUGCAAUCACUCCUAAAGACAGGAUGCUUGAAACUAAGGCUUCACUACCCGCUAGUGCUGCCACAGCCGAUUCACUUCACAAUGCAGAACCUUCAAAUAUGUUACAGCCAGUUGGGCAUCAAACAACUCCAUUAAAUAAGAGAAAGUUUAAUCCAGAGCAUGGUUACAAUGUUGAGGAGUUUGGCCAAGUGAGCCCAGCCAAAAAGAAAAGGAAGAAAUCGUCAAGCCUUGAUGGUGAUGGUUGCAAACGUUGCAACUGUAAGAGGACUAAAUGCCUGAAACUAUAUUGUGAUUGUUUUGCUGCUGGAAUCUAUUGUGCUGAAUCAUGUGCUUGCCAAGGCUGCUUCAACAGACCUGAAUAUGAAGAUACAGUCAUUGAGACACGACAACAAAUUGAGUCACGUAACCCAAAUGCUUUUGCUCCCAAGAUUGUCCAGCAUGUUGCUGAGUUUGCAGCAGAAGAUGGAAACCAGUUGAUGCCAUCCUUAGCAAGGCAUAAGAGAGGUUGCCAUUGCAAAAGGUCCAUGUGCUUGAAAAAGUAUUGUGAAUGCUAUCAGGCAAAUGUUGGAUGCUCCAGUGAUUGCCGAUGUGAGGGGUGCAAAAAUGUCUAUGGCCGGAAAGAGGAAUAUGGUUCAACUGGAGAAAUAGCAAGCAACAUAGUAAGAAAGCAAAUAUUGGAUGGUCGAAUUGAUGAUAAGCUGGAAAUGGCAGCAACCAAUUCAGAUUUUUUACAUGCCGAGUUGUAUGAUCUGCGCCACCUUACUCCCUCAACGCCAUCAAUCCAGCACUCAGACCAUGGAAAGGAUGCACAAGUGCAAUUCAACUCUAGUAGAUAUGUCCCAUCACCUGAGUCAGACUUUUCCAUCUUACCAUCAUAUGCGAAAUCCAUAAGCUCUCCAAGUAAUUCACACAGCAAUAACAUGAUUCCAGAAAAGGGUGAAGAGAUUCUGGACAUUGAUACCUGUGGUCAAGGGAUGGAUUAUAAUGUUGCCAUGAUGGACCAAUUCUCACCAAGACACGAUGCGCUUGUGGACAUAUGUGAGCUUACUCCAUUGCAAAAUCCCUCAAUGACACAGACGACUUCAGCUUCAUCUAAAACAAGAGAUUGGACAGGUGGUUCACGACUCCAAUUGUGCCCUGGAAGUGGUUGCUUUUCAUCUGGUCGUUCCUUUCGCUGGCGUAGUUCGCCAAUUACACCAUUGACUCGAUUACAUGAGAGCAAAAAUCAAGGGCAUGACACUGAUAGUGGACUUUAUGAUAUUCUGGAAGAUGACACGCCUGAAAUAUUGAAGGAAGCUUCCACUCCCAUUACAUCUGUGAAGGCAAGUUCCCCUAAUAAAAAGCGAGUCUCUCCUCCUCACAAACAUAUUCAGGGCCUCUGGUCAAGCUCUUCGGGAGGCUUGAGAAGUGGUCGCAAGUUCAUAUUGAAAGCUGUGCCAUCCUUUCCACCUCUAACCCCUUGCAUUGAUUCUAAAGACAGCAGGACUGAGAAAAAAGAUAGCAACAAAUAGACACGCUUUAGGCUGCAAUGGUGUUGGGCAUACUCGUUGCAGGAAAGAAUCAAUUCAGUCAAUUUCUGAGGAUUGUGCCAGGUUUUGAUAUGGACCUUCCUUGCCUAA